AUGGCCAUGUUUGUAGAGCUCCUGCUGCAAGACUUUCACACUCAGUUCUCCAGACUAGUGGAAGAGGGGAAGCUGGUCUCCCAGGCCUUCCUACAGGUGGCUUUGGAUGUGGCAGACGCAGCCUCACGCACACUGGCCACGGGGGUGGAAGUGCAAUCCCUCUUCUCGGUAGGGGCAGUGGAAGAUGUUCCUCAGGGGCAAAGAGGCAAGGGGUUCUACUCCCGGUAUUUCCUCAUACCGAAAGCCAAGGGUGGUCUCAGACCCAUCCUGGACCUGUGGCAGCUCAACAAGUUCGUAAAGAAACUCAAGUUCCUCAUGGUCUCACUGACCUCCAUUAUCCCCUCAUUGUAUACAGGAGACAAUUACACAAUACAGCUCAUGGAGAAAGGAGAAGGAAAAAACCAAACAGCCAUCAUGGAAUUCAUCCUCCUAGGGUUUGGGGAUCUCCCUGAACUGCCGACCCUUCUCUUCCUGGUCUUCCUAGUGAUCUACAUUGUGACUAUGGCUGGCAACCUCCUCAUCAUUGCUCUAGUUGUGAUUGAUCAACACCUUCACACUCCCAUGUACUUCUUCCUGGGGAACUUGUCCUUUUUGGAGACCUGCUACACCUCCACCAUCCUGCCUAGGAUGCUGGCCAGUUUCCUGACUGGGGACAGAACCAUUUAUGUGGGGGGCUGCAUGACACAGUUUUUUUUCUUUUGUUUUCUAGCAACUACAGAGUGUUAUCUCCUGGCAGCAAUGUCUUAUGAUCGGUAUUUAGCCAUAUGCAAACCACUGCACUAUGGAACCCGUAUGAACAGCAGGCUGUGCCUCCAGCUAGCAGCUGGGUGUUGGAUAAGUGGAUUUCUACCGUGUACAAUAAUGAUGUUUUUUAUGUCACAAUUAAUUUUCUGUGGCCCCAAUGAAAUGGACCACUUUUUUUGUGAUUUCACUCCAAUGCUAAAGCUCUCCUGCAGCGACACCAGCCUCAUCACAUUGGUUCUUUAUAUAUUUUCCUUCCUAGAUGCAGUUUCCCCAUUUCUAUUAACCUUGACAUCCUAUGUUUGUAUCAUCAGCACCAUCCUGAGAAUCCCUUCCACCACUGGGAGGCAAAAGGCCUUUUCCACCUGCUCCUCCCACCUCAUCAUUGUAGCACUUUUCUAUGGGACCAUCAUGAUUGUCUACAUGCUACCAAAAUCCAACACACUGAGAGCCCUGAACAAAGUGUUCUCAGUCAUCUACACUGUUCUGACUCCUCUGGCUAAUCCGCUCAUCUACAGCCUGAGAAACAGAGAGGUCAAGGAGGCCCUGAGAAAUGCUGUCAGGAAAUGUAUGACCCUCAUAAAGAAUUCAGAUUAG